GGCCAGGAUCUACAAGAAACUCUGAUUAAGAAGCAUUGUAUCCUGUGCUUCAAAGCUUCUGUAUUUAUACACAUUAGACUGUCAGUGGGGCUUUCCCGACCAUAUAUUCAUUCUCAGAUAUCUAGCCUCUUAUCGCACGUUGGCGUAAGCAGCACCCAUGGCCAGCAACGAUGACAAGGUGGCGGACGCCCACAAGACGCUUUAUGAACAGGGUCUGCAGAUUCGCAGCGAGGUGACGGGCGCUGAACACGUCCAGCGUUCUUUACAAAAUGGAUCAUCAGACUUUGCUAGGCCAAUGCAAGAACUCGCCACAGAGAUGGGCUGGGGAAGCAUCUGGACUCGACCAGGGCUGGAACGAAAGACACGGAGUCUGCUGAACAUCGCCAUGCUCUGUGCAUUGAAUAGAAUGACCGAGCUUGCAGUACAUGUUCGAGGUGCAGUCAACAACGGUGUGACUGAACUCGAGAUUCGGGAGACUUUGAUGCAAGUUGCAGCUUACUGUGGAUUGCCCGCAGGGCUCGAAGGCGUCCGAGUUGCUCAGAAGGUGCUGGAGUCAAUUCGUGAAGAAAGCAAGACUUGAUAGGGAACAUGCGAGUCAGGUUGUGUUGGUAGAAAUUCGUAGUCAAUCAUGGCUCAAACACCACACCGACGUGUCUUCUCUUUAGGGCCUCCGCACUUCAUUUGUCGAUGUGCACAGAUCAAGACAUGUGAGUACCAUGACCUGGAGGAAUGCUUCCCAGGAUGCUCCCAGAAGUACUUCUGUGAGCAGGGUAAGAAUUGACUACCUACCUACCAGUAGGUGAAGGCCGGAUCGAUCCUUGGGAUGGUCAAGCAGCAUCUCAUACGUGGUAAUGACUUGUAGACAUCUGGAAUUGAUUAGAGACCUCGCUCGCAUUGCUCCUAUGUAUAUAUAGAAUGAUCUUCG